UAAGUUGAAUUUUACUGAUGCAACUCGAUUGCCUCAAAAAAAACUUCCAGUGAGGCCGUCCCGUUCUGAGCUUAGCAACAGCGCGGUUUUAUUACCGUCUGUGAAGGUCGCACUAAUCGAGUGGAAGGAUUUACAGAGCUGUUUUCAGAGCUCCAUGCAUAGCUGCAUAAUGCAAACGGAAAAAAAGGUCAGCUAUUAAAGCACAUCACAACAAAGUUGGGGCUUAUGUUUUAAAGCACGACUCCACACUAAAGGAAUUACCAGGUAAUAUUUAAAAAGAAAAAAGUAUAGCCCUUUGACUUUGUUGGUUUAAAGCUGAUUUUUAUUUUUAUUUUUUUUUGUAAUUUUAGGAAAAUCUUCAAUUCCCAGGAUUAUAUUUCCAGAUGUCAACCAAAGUUCACAAUGCCAUAGGAGUAUGCUCUGAAAGGAGGCCCCACACUCCCGGUGCUGCAGCUCCACCAGGAGGCCCACUAUAUAAUUAUCAACCUGAAUGACUCCGCAGCUGAAAUCAGAUUAUCUUCUGAAUGAGACUGCAUCAUGAUCUCAGUCGAGAAGCGCCGUUCAAGUCGAAAGAGCGGCAAACAUCGCAAGCGCAGCGACACAUCCAGUGGUGGAUCCUUCCUGGAUGAGAACGACCGUGAGGUCAGCAGUCUGACCGACAGAGCGUUCAAGAGCCUUUGUAUUGGAGAUGAAGCCGUGUAUAAUGACUCCCACCUUGGCUUGCCUUCAUCCAGCACCCACAUCGACCGACAGCUCGCCUUUACUCAAGGUGAGCCAUUCAGGGAUGAAGAUGAGCGGGACGAACUGAAGAGAGCUGCCCAUCAGAACUUCAGCUUGAGGGUGCAGCAUUAUGGACAGGACUGGGUCCAUGGAGGAAUGUAUGGGACAGCGACCCAACAGGAUCCAGAGUGGGGGGUUUAUGGGGACAGGACACAAGGUAGGGUGUCUGCCACAUUCCAGAACUCCUUUGUUGAAACCUCUCAACAAGGAAUGUCUCUCAGAGAAGAAGAGCUUUCCUUCAUCAGCAACGGAGCCACAGAGUUAAGUUUACAUCAACACCGAAGCCGCUCCAGAGUCUCCUCUCUCAUCAGAACCUUCAACUCUGAGGUAAAAAGGAAUGGAGCAAGCAUGGAUGAUCAAUUCAGAGGGUGUACCGAAGAGACAAGGUGGGACAAAUCCGCUUUGAUGAAUAUGCACAAUGAGUUUUCUGAUUUCUCUUCAUCAUACCAGCAAAACUUAAACAUCAACAGCAACUUUCCCUCAGCUGGUCCUUUUUCCUGCAGAGAUGCAAACUUCUAUGGCUCUGACAUGGCAGCAGUGGCUCACAUGUCCCACAAUUCUGUGUCUUCUUUCAUGAGAUCAUCACACAAUGAGCUCAGCAUGUCUGCACAGACCAACUGCAACUCGCACUUCUUCAUACACAGUGAGUUUAGUCCCUUCAAGGUGUGGAGGGAGCAUAACCGGUUUCCCUUCCAGCAAAGAGAAGUCUCAGGCUUUAUGCACAGCUCAGAGUUCCCAAAAUGGUACGAGACACCAAUGUACAAAGAGCUUUCACUCGAGAAUCAACUGCAGGGUCCUUACAGAGGUAUGAGACACAGCAACAACUUAGCACCAAGAGCUCCUUCGAAUCCGUCACAUUUCACCUCCAUGUCCUUGGUGCAACAGAAAGCUUCAGCUGUGGAGAAGCGCAGUGAGUCCGAGCUUGCAGGUCAUUACCCUCAGAGGAGGCGAGCUCAGAGUCUGGGAACUAACAAACUACCCUCCCAACGCCCAUCAACUGCUUCCCCCACCAUUGAGAUGUCUCGACGCGUCAGGGACACCAUCAGUUCUGUCAAAGCCCUCCAACAAAAAAUCAAACUGAUGUCAGAGCAAAACAUCUCAGCAGGGAUGAUAACAACGCAACAAGAAACUUUUGGGAAUCAUAACUUAGUUCACUCUGGAAAUAGUGUUGCUCCAAAUAUGGUAAGAAGUGAUAUUAGCACAACUCCUUUUACCAUCAGCCAGCUUCCUUCAGUUUCUGCACAUCAAGACGAAAACACAUCCGGUUUCCAGCAACAUGAACCUUCCCCUCAACCAGUGGAGCACCCUCCAGUACGGGCUGAAAGCAGGGGAGUCACUCCUGAUGGCAGGCUGUCCUCCUACAAAUCUCGAGCAACGAGCUUGCUCUUCAAUCUUAAAGACAACAGGAAGAGAGUCAAAAGCACUUACAGUCCAACCAAAUUCAAAGGCCUGGAUAAACAGGAGAAAAACCAACAGCCCUCUAGCCUGGAGACAGUAAUAGAUGUGCCGGAUUUCCUAGAUCCGGAUAUUCCGUUUAUGCAGCAAGAAAACUCCAGAAGCACAACCAUGGCUGCUAACCAGUAUCAAAACCCUCCACUGACCCUUGAAACUCAACUCGAAAGAGUAAAUACAGGCCAAUACCUGGAAAACACUUCAACUGAUUACCAAACUGCUCAAGUGCAAGGAGAAAUGGUUUGUCAUUCUGGGUUCAGUGGCUUCAUACCAGGAAAUUAUACUAGCAAUCAGCUGACUAAUGGACAGAAUCGCCAUGAAUAUUUAGCAUCAUUUACUCCCUAUAAGCAAGGUGGCAGGGAUAACAUUCAACUUCAGGAAGGACUUCAACACCCGCACACAGCUGUGGACGCAACGAGGCCAAACAUUUACAGAAGUCAAAGCAAAGAUAGUCUGAUAAGGAAAGCAGAACCUGAGCAGGCGUUAAAUGAACCAACAGGAAAGAUCAUAACCGAGAGGGGUAGAUAUGAGAAUUUACAAGAUCAAAUUAAUGAGUAUCAUAACACAUCCUCAAAUGGUAACUGGCAAAACUGCAAAGACACAGAGAAGGUCAGUCUGAAAGCUGCUGCUUCGCCAUUAAAACAAGACCCGGUUCACCCAAUGGAAAGGUUGAGGCAAGAAAAUCAAAGAAAUCUACACAAAGAAGCUGAAAAUGAUGAGGCUAUGGACAGCUUAAGUCUCGGACCAUCUUCCUAUAAAAGUGCCAUUUCAAACAAUAAUAAUUUUUCCAAUCAACCAAAUGCAGAGAAAAGGGAAAAUGUGCAGGACAUGAGAGAUGAUGUGGUAUUGAAUUAUAAUAGAGAUCAAGAUCCUAUGAGGUCAAACCAGCUUUAUCCCAUAAUAGAUAAAACAAAGCAAAAUGCAGCUCCAAUAAAAACAUAUACAUCUCGAGUGACAGAGGAUGAAAAGCAAAGACUUCAGGAUGAAAGUAAACCAAAGCUUAUAAAUGUUGGACAAAAAAAACCCUCUCUUUACACUGAUAAUGCAUCUGAAUUCAUGAUGUUGAACCAUAAACAGCUUGACGAAGCCAAGAUUGAACAAGUCAUGGCAGAAAAUAAUAGAGUAAAAGCAGAGAUGGCAGCAGCUCAGCAGAGGGCUAAUGCAGAGCAGCCAAAGGCAGAGACCAGCAGGUUAAUUUUAGCAGGGCAGGCUGAUUCAGAAACAGACUCCAAAGCAGAAGCAGCAAAAGCUGAGGCUCUAAAACAAGAGUUUGUGAAAAAAGAGGAGGGUAAAGGAGAACUGAAGGAACAGGCAAGAGAUAAACAUCCAGAUGGAGAACAGACAGCAGGAAAAACCAGAGCUAGGAUGUCAACAGACACAUCUACAGGUGUUUUAGGUGAAGACGAAGUUAGGGAGCAGGUUAAGCAUUUGAAAGAAGUACAAGGGGAAACACAGAAAGCAGAAGACAAACAAAAACAAACUCAAAUGGCUAAUGUUGAGAAGGAAAGAAUACAAGAAGGUAGAACUGCAAAGGAAACAGAGAAAACCAACAAUUCAGUGCAAGCUGAGAGCAAGAUAAUAGAGACAGAACGGGUCAGGUCAGAAAAGAUUCAACUAGAAGAGGCUGAAACUAAAUGGAAAACAACUGAGAAGACAGAGCAAACUAAUGAUCAAAACAACAAAACAAAACAAACGAAAAUAGAGGACGCAGAUAACGGAAGAGUAAUGCAUGUAGUGCAAGCAAAGAAAGAGAAAGACUCAAUAGUCUCAAGACAAGUAAAUGCAGAGAAAUCUACAGCAUGGGAUUUCAAAGACUCAAAACCAGAAGAGAGAAAAACAGAGCAGCUGAAGCAGGAAGAAAGGAAGGUGGAGUUAAGUAAAGCGGAGCUACUGAAAACAGAAAACCUCCUGGAAAAGUCAGCUAAACUCACAGCUAAGCUCGUAGCAACACAGCAGGUCAGAAAUGAGUCUGAUAAAGUUGAGCACGUGAAGACAGAGUUGGCUAAAGCGAAAGCAGAGUUGGCCAAAAUCAAAGAGAAAAUGAGAGGUGAACAAAAAGAAAAAGUCAGCAACAGUGUCAUUGUGAGAGAGGAUGAAACUCUGAAGAAUAAUUCAUCUUCUAGUGUAGAUGGAGCAAAAAAGGUUGAUCAAAAAACACAGGAUCAGGCAGUGGAACCAAAAGCAGAUCAAGUACCUGAUGAAUAUCAACGUCUUAGAGAAAAAUACGGAUUUGUUCAUGCAGUAUCAACACAUAAGAACAAUACAUCAGCAUCAGAGAGUGCUUUAACUCCUGCCAGUGAAGAAAAGAUGGAAAAAGUUGAGGCAGGAAAUAACGAAGAAUCAAAAAAUGUACCAAGUCCUGCCAGCACAUUUAAGAUAAGUGACACACAAAAUACCAAGGAAGAGAUCAACUUCAGAAACAGUGAGAGCACAGAAGGUCAAGUUGACAACAAAUCAUCCAUGGAAACGUGCAACGUUAAGUCUUCUAAUACAAAUGAGUAUGAAAGAACAAAUGAAGAGGAUGUAGCUAACAAGUUAAAAAAUCCAAAUGUUGAAAAGACGCAAAAUAUAGAUUCUAAAAUGGACAAUAUUUCAUCACAGAGUAAUUCUGAGUUGGCUAAGCUGCAGCCUCUUGAUGGAAAACCAAACCUAACCGAGCACAGCAAAAGCUCUGGUAAAGAACCUCCUAAAAUGUUAUCCCAUAAAGAAAAAGCACAGACCAAGCAGGAGAUCUUGACUUCCAAAAUAAAAGCUCAUGCUGAGAAGGAGAUCUCAGCACUAAAAGAAAAAGGGUUUUCUCUUGGCAAAAAUUCUUCAAAACAGUUCGUGGGUAGCCAGAAUUUUAAUGCUCGACAGAAGCCGCUUUCACAAGACGCUCCUAAAAGACUCGAGGGUGUAGUGUCCAACUCUGUCUCACCAAAGCAUCCACUGGAGUCUUCAGGCGUCAAGGCAGAACUAGAGUUUGCUAGAACCACAACUCAGAAUGAAGACUGUUUAGAAAAGCCCAGAAAAACAAAUCACACUGCAAAUAAUAUUGAUGCAACUGAGAGCUCUAAAAAGAAACAGGCUGAGGUCAAACCAUCAAUACAGAACACAGAGCAAACAGCCAAGAAUGAUCAACAAAAACAACAAGAAAUUCAGAGAGAAGUAUCUAAAAAACAAAUUGACAAGGUUGAAGAUCAAUCGACUUCCAAGGAGAUUAUCAACAACAGCAUUGAGGGACAAGCUGCAACGGCAUCCAAAUCUUUGACGACAAAAAACACUGCAAGAGAAGGAAAUACUCACAAGGACUCACAACCACCUAAUACUACACUUGGACAAACUGACUUCUAUGAAACCAAUGAGAGCUUAAAUAUUAUGGGAAUAAUGGUGACUGUGCGAGAAGGAAAACCACCUCAGACCAGUUAUAAAACCCUAACAGAAUCCACAAAGAAAGAAGUCAAUGAAUUGGAGCUGGAUAAGAGACGCUUCAGUCCAGGCACGGAUGGAAAUACGGAUUCAAAAGAGAUGAACUCAGUUAAGGCUGUGGACGGACAGAAAUCCCAUUCUCCUGUAAAUGAAGGUGUAGCUAAAGCUGUUGAAAACAUUGAUGCUCCAAAAGCAGCUUUGUCAUUGGAAGCUAAAGAUAUCAAUUUAAGAAGGGCCGCCAUAGAGAAAACGAUGAAUCUCCAACAGGGGAAUCCUACACCGGAAUUAUUAUCAAAACCAGAUUUCAUGAAAGGUACCCAACUGAUAAAAACAGAUGCACAAAAAAGCAAACAACAAACGGCAUUGAGCAACACUGACCGUAUUUCCAAUAUGGUCAGCAGUGGAACCAACUGUCACACUGACGUAGAAACAUCAUCAAAAAAGUUGGCAGAGGAAGUAGAUAAAAUCCAAUGUCUCAACAUAGAUGUGCACAGUGCACCACCAUCAGAGGAAAGCACACAUGAUUCAGCAAAACCGUUCAGCAAUGCCCCUCCUUCCAGUCAUUCAACUGAGCCUGAAAACAAGCCUCCAGAUGUUCAAAACAAAGACAAAGAUAUUACAGAUAAAAGUCACGGAGACGAUAAUCUACACAUUGAUUGUAUCGCCAUCAGAGUCGUACCAGCAGUAACUGAAAACGACAAAAGGGACAUAGUAGAAAAACCUCUCAACACCACUUUCCCCUCCAGUGCAAAUUUUGCUCCGGAUAAACAACAAACUGCAGCAUCUAGUUAUGAAACAAAUGGCAAGCAAUGUUCUGAAGGGGCAUCUUCUGCAAUCAGCGAACACGGGAUGAAUGAAAGCUUGGAGAACAAUUUAGCCGUGCAGCACGUUCUGUCCAGUGUGAGGAAAUUAUCCGACUUGAUGAAAAUGAACAAUAAAGCGAGCAACCUAAAUGUAGUCAGUGAGACAGCUGAAGCUAAAGCCGAAACACUUGAAUCAAACGUAGAACCAAAUGAGGUAGACUACUUUCAAGUGCAAGGACAAGAAGAAGCAAAUACUGAGGCACAAAACAACUGUACAACUGUUGAAGCAACACCAAAGAAAAGGGAACUUCAGGAUACACCCCCCAACAAGACAGUCAACAUUGAAGAUUCACCCAAAGAUGGACAACCUGAAGUCUUUGUUUUCCACGUGGAUCAAUGCUUAAAGAAAGAUUUAAUUUCAGAAAAGCCUCAAGAUGACAGUAUUAAGAAAUUGGAAACAGUUGGCACUCCAGCUUCAAAAAUGAGUUCCAGUUCUUUUGAUCCAUGCAAUAAUGAGGGAAAAGUUGAUGCAGGUCAAGCUAAUCACACAGGAAAGAAUCAGUCAGAAAACCAGCUUGGUUUAUCAGCUACGGACAAAGAAAGCUCCAGACCUUUUCCACAAACAAAAGCAGAAAAAGUUACAGCAAAGCCAGAGGUCAAACCAAAACUGAAAGACAAGAUAUCUGCAAUACCUGAAAUAUCAGCCAUUGCUGACUAUGCCAGACUGAAGGUAAUUGUUUCAGAGGACAAAGAACAAAAUACAGCUCAGGAUUUCCCUCCCAGCAAAAAGGAAGGAUUCUUUCCACUAAUACGAGGUCAUCAUAGCAGACGUCCUGUGUUUACUACUGACUUGCAUGAACAUUCUGUGAAAGAAAAUAAAUUGUCAACAAAGACAGACGUGAGUGCCAAACCAAGUAAAGAGCCAAAAGCAACAAUAUUUCCAAUCACAGAGAGGGAACACCAAAGAACAGGGAUGUUCAAAUUAGGAGACAAAGACAAACAAGAAAAGAUACUUUUGGAGACUGUUUCAGCUCAGACAAAACAAGUAAAUGAGGUUGAAAUGCAAGAAAUUCCUUCAAAAACUGGUGAGCCAAUUACUCAGCCUCCUAAAUCAAGCUCAUCUUCUGUGUCCAGUGGACUAACAUCCAGAGACCCGACAUAUUUUGAUAAAAGUCUCCCCUUUCAGGGAGCUUUAGGAGAAAGACGUUUAAAAGAAGACACAACUUAUCUGAGGAAACAUGAGAGUCCUGAAGAACAACUAAAUGUAAACCAUAAUAAUGAAGGUGGAAGGUCAGAUCAACUGAGGAAGGAACGACUUGCAAAUCAGAUAGAGGAUAAUAAAAUGAAGAAAUUGGAUAAAGGAAAACAACUGGAUGAAGAGCUGAUGCCAAGGAACGAAAACAGAAAAAGUAAUGUCAGGAUAAAACACAUUAUAGAGGAGAGCAGAGCUUCUUUAGCUGAAGAAGAGAGGAGAGCUGCUCAAAGAGAAGAAGAGAAGAGGGCGAAAGAGCGUGAGGCUGUUGCUCAAAUGAUCAAGGAGAGACGUGAGCAGCAAAGACAAGCAGAGGAAGAAAGAAAAACAACAAACACUAAAGAUACAAUUACUGGUCAAAACGCCAAAGAUUUCCAGACAAAACAAACCCAAGAACAAACAAGAAUCACAGAAACUGAGUGCAGCUUUGGUUAUGAUGAACAACUGAAAAGAACAGCGAUGGAACAACACAGAACCACACAAGACAAGCAACAAAGAAGAGGAGCAAUGGAACAACAGUGGAGAAGUGCUCAAGAAGAGCAGCAGCAAAGGGCAGCAAAAGAACAACGUGUGAAAACUCCUCUGGAGCAGCAAAUAAAAAGGGAAUCUGAUGUGCAAGUAAUGAAAAUUAUCCAAGAAAAGCAACAGCAAGUGGAGCAGCAAAAUAAAAUGCUACAAAAAGAGCAUCAAGGAAGGGCAGCAGGAGACCAAAUGACAAGAUCUGCCCAAGAUGAGAAACAGAUAGAAACAGUAGAGCAACAACAAUUGAGAUUUUCCAAAGAAGAAGAAAAUAAAAGAGCUGUCCAAAUAGAGCACCAGAAAGUACAUGUCCAAGAAGAACAAAAGCAAAAGGCUACAGAGGAGCAGCAAAAGAAACAUGCUGAAGAAGAAAAACAAAGGAGGGUUUUGGAGGAGAUACAGAGGAAAACUAUCAGUGAAGAACUACUGAAGAGAUCAACAGAGAAGCAACAGUGGAGAACAUCUCAAGAGGAGCAACAGAAAGGGACAGUUAAGGAAGAGGGAAUGAGACUUCAUCAAGAAGGGCAACAGAAAAGAACAACAGAGGAGAAACAAAGGCAACCUGUUCAAAAAGAACAAUAUAAAGGAGAAGUAGAUGUGCAACAAAGGAGGCUUGUCUUGGAGCAACAGAGAAAAACAAUAGAGGAGAAACAAAAUAAACUUUUCCAAGAAGAACAUCAAAGAAAAGCAGCAGAGGAGCAACAAAGGGGGUAUUUCAAAGACGAGCAUCAAAGACGGGAUCCAGAAAGGCAACAGCAAAAACUUUUUCAAGAAGAGAAACAGAGAAAAACAGUAGAGGAGCAACAGAGAAAUUUUUUCAAAAAGGAGCAACAAAGAAAACUAUUUCAAGAAGAGCAACAGAGAAAAGCAGCAGAGGAGCAACAAAGAAAACUAUUACAAGAAGAGCAACAGAGAAAAGCAGCAGAGGAGCAACAGAGAAGAGCAGUAGAGGAGCAACAAAGAAAACUAUUACAAGAAGAGCAACAGAGAAAAGCAGUAGAGGAGCAACAAAGAAAACUAUUACAAGAAGAGCAACAGAGAAAAGCAGCAGAGGAGCAACAGAGAAGAGCAGUAGAGGAGCAACAAAGAAAACUAUUACAAGAAGAACAACAGAGAAGAGCAGCAGAGGAGCAACGAAGGAGACAUGUCCAGGAAGAACAACAGAGAAAGGCAACAGAAGAGCAACAAAGAAAACUAUUUCAAGAAGAGCAACAGAAGAAGGCAGCAGAUGAGCAAUACAGAAGACAUGUCCAGGAAGAACAACAGAGAAAGGCAGCAGAGGAGCAACAGAAGAGACAUGUUCAUGAAGAGCUGCAAAAAAGAGCAAAAGAGGAACAACAAAGAAAACUUUUUCAAGAGGAGCAACAGAGAAAGGCAGUAGAGGAGCAACAACAGAGACAUGUCCAGGAAGAACAACAGAGACGAGUAGCAGAAGAGCAGCAAAGGAGACAUGUUCAAGAACAACGGAGAAGAUCAGCAGGGGAGCAACAAAGAAAACUUUUUCAAGAAGAGCAACAGAGAAAGGCAAUAGAGGAGCAACAAAUGAGACACAUCCAGGAAGAACAACAGAGAAGAGGAGCAGAGGAGCAGCAACAGAGACACAUUCAAGAAGGGCAGCAAAAAAGAGCAAAGGAGGAGCAACAAAGAAGACUUGUCCCAGAAGAGCAAAGAAGAAGGGCAGAAAAUGAGCAACAAAAGAGACUUUUUCAAGGAAAGCAAUACACAAAGGCAGCAGAGGAACAUCAGAAAACACCAACAGAUAGGAGACAGGAAAAAUAUGUCCAAGAAGAGCAAGCAAGACGGGCAGCAGAGCAGCAAGAGACAGCAAUUCCCCCAGAAGAGGAACGACAAAUAAUAAUUGAGAAGCAGCAAAGAACUGCUCAAGAGAAGCAACAAAAAAUGUCUGCCAAUGGAGAGCAACACAGAAGAGUAGCAGAGCAGAUCGACGAGAGGACACUUCCUGAAAAGGUUUAUAGAAAAGAACAACGGACUGAUGAGAAUGCUGUCAAUUCUUUCAAUAUGGGAAUCCAACAAAUGCCUGAGCAGGAAAAAGAAGAGCAACAAAUUGAAAAGCUAAGGAGGAGAAGAUCAUUAAAUCACCCAUUACUGAAAGCUCUUCAAGAUGAAGGGGUUAUGGUGGUUGAUGAAAAAGAAAUAACCCUGAAACCAGAAGAAAAACUUGCAACAAAAGACCAUAGUGCAAAACCUUUAGAGGAGAAAAGAAUGGCAGAAGAACUGUUUGGAGAAAAGUCUAAACAGAAGGAAGAAAACUCAAUCAUUCACAGAGAAAAGACUGGAGUUACUCAAGCAGAGAAUCAAAAACAAAAGAUGAAUGACCUCCAGUACUACGCCUUUACUUCUGCAGACACGGAGGGAAAAUCCAGAGAAAAACAGUUCUCCUCUCUGUUGCAUUCAGAACAGAAAAGCAGCCCGGUAAGACUCAACUCACCUGAUGACUCAGUAUUCCAAACAAAGUCUCCUAGACCACUUGCUCCUGCAUCUCCAGCUUCUUCUCUGCCCCGUUCCAACACAUCUUCUCCUGCUUUAGGAGCAAAACCCUCCAUGUUUAAAGUGAAGGACAACACAAUCAGAAGUUCCUCUUUCAUCAAGUCAGUAAAACCUCGAUUCCACAAGAACUUUGGAGAAGAUUUCUUGGUGGCUUCCCCCUUAGACAGAUUAUUUGAAAAGGGAGAUGACGAGCGGGAAAAAAUAAGAUCUGGUGCAGGAACUCCUGUCCAUGCAGAAAUAGGAAUGAAACGACUCACUGCUAACACGGAAUUUUCAACUUUACUCUCAUCAUCUUCAAUACAGGACUAUUCGGUUUCUCACCACAGGCCCUACUCCAGGAGGAGCAUUGUUCUGGACGAUGAUGAGUCUCGUUCUGUCGUCAGCAACCUUUCAGAAGAUGUGGAAAGCUAUGCCACCAGUGCAGCAGAUGUGGGAGAUGUGAAGGGCCUGUUUGACUUUGAGAGACCAGAGUCUGCCUGCAGCUUCAGCAGUGAUGUGUCUCGAUCUUUGGGAAAGCCUCCGGUUGUUCCACCAAAGACGGAGAAAGCCUUGCGCAGAGCCCAGAGGUUAACAUCUAGGAGGAUGAAGAAAGAGCAGUCUAAAGUUGCCGCUGGAGGUGAAAAAGAGACCUCUAGUGUUCCAUCCUCCUCAUCCACUGAGACAUACCAAUCCAACAAUCAUGUUGUGGCCUCACCUCAUUUUUCCCAACCUGUUUCCCUUGCUCAUGCUCCAGUAUUGGGAUCCAGCUUACCUUCUUCCAGUUCAGAGCUCCAAUCUGUUCCCAGGUCUUUCCACUCAUCCCCUCAUGCAACUGCUCCAGUCUCCCUUCCCGUCUUGCCGAAUGCUACCUCUACUGUUUCCCUUCCAACCGUGUCUCCUCACGCUUCAGGCACUGUUUCCCAGCCUACCGCUCCAAAGCCAGUUCCGAAUGCUCCCUCCUCAUCUACUCUUCAUCAUGCUAACCACCCAACUCCUGUGGCGCAGUAUCAUGUAGAGUCAUGCUGCUUCUCUCAGUCCUAUCCAAUGACCCAGCGCAAGGUUCUGCAAGACCUGGGAUCUGGUCAGUAUUAUGUGGUGGAUGUACCUGUUCAAGUGCAAACAAAGACUUUCUUUGACCCAGAAACAGGGAAAUAUGUUCAGCUGAAUGUACGUGAGUCUGGUCAGAGCGUUUCAAGGCCGCACACCCAGCAAACACAGCCACAUCAGAUCAAGCUGCAACCACAGCCCCUCUCCCAAACCCCUGCUGCUGGCAAGCCUUUUGUUCUAUAUCAACGCUACCACAGUUAUCCCCAAAACUACCAACCGACAGCUGUUACUCCAGUGCGGCGAAGCAGGUCCUCAGCUCCCGGGUCACUCCAACCAAACAACGAGUCUUUAAGUGAGAAUUGCAGCUAUGGAAAUAUAGCAAAUGAAGUAGAACAUAACUCUGUUGAGCCCUGUUACAGCCCAGAAAAGACACCAUACAUGGACACAGUUAUUGAUACGGAAAGAACACAUAACUCUGUAAAAAACACUCAGAACCCAACGGAGUCCGCCUCAGAGAGUGGAACAAAAAGCCAGACUGAUGGAAACUCUUUUCAUGAAAAUCAUGAAAUGGGUCGUGACAUAAUAUCUAUGGGUGAACUAGAGGACUUCAUGGAAUCAAGUGAUUGGUGAAGCAAAGCUUUGAAUGCAAUUGUUGUAAUAUAAAGAAAGCACGUUAUGUACAGAUCAAAACUAUUUCAGGGAGAACUGUCUGGCUUUGUUUGGAUUUUUCUUAAAAUAUUAUAUAGUAUGAUAUAAUGUUAAUUGUCCUCCUUUUCUGAAUUUGCCGGGGGUUUUCUUUUCUGUAUUUGUUGUUGAGUUCACCAUUCCAAUUGAUUUUUGAACGUGAGAAGCUGAGAAAAUCCUCUAGUCAUUAUCAGUCUGCUGUCACCUUUUAGAGAAUACGGUAUCAUACAAAUAACAGCACCACACUCUCCAACAUAGAAAUACUUUGUUGAUUUUUUUGUCUUUUUUUGCUAUGGACUCUGACAAGCCUAUUUCUUCUCUUUCUUGAGAAAACUCUUUUUGGCAUUAUGUGUUGCAUGAAUUAUUAAAGCUAAUCUAUUUUCAAAUAUGCAUUUUUUGAUUUUGUCAACAUAAACACACAAUGUCUCAAUUUC